AUGCGUGCCGAAGCUUCUACCGCCAUGCCAGCGCCUAAGGAAUCGGACUUGGACCUAGCGUUAACCCUUUCGGAAAAACCUCCCACUCCGAUAUACAAUCGUCGUGAUAAAAGUGUAAAUCUUCAUCUUGCUAUCGACAAAGCUGUAACAGCGGCCCCUCCUGACAGCGCCCUGAAGCUGCUCAAUGGUUUGACGUUGGAUCAAACAAGGAGUCUGUUCGCCAUUGCGAACCAACGCAGAAUUACGUAUCCUGGCUCACGUAUAACGAAUGACGCGAUUGUACAGCUGUGCGCGGACAGAGAUGAUAUCCCGUGGUUCGCACUUUGGUACGUGAUAUUUCACGAUUUCUGUGUGAAAAUGGGUGCCAUCACGUACGAAAGGGCUAAAAUUCAGUAUUCUUCUUCAAGCAAGCAUUAA